AUGACAGCCGCAGCAGCAUCAGAGAAAGCGACACAGCCGCAGCCGCAGCAGCAGCAGCAGCAGCCGCAGCAGCAGCAGCAGCAUCAUCACCGCAGCAGCAGUAUCGCCACAGCGGGAGCAGCAGCAUCACCAGCUGCAUCACCACAGCAGCAGCAGCAGCAGCAGCAGCAGCAGCAGCAGCAGCAGCAGCAGCAGCAGCAGCAGCAGCAGCACCCGUGUUGGGGUCUGUGA